AUGGUAGGAACUAGUUAUGAUUAUAGCGCACCAAUUAGUUCGUAGCCUCUAUCCCUCUCUAUAAUGCGACAAGUGCAUUGCUAAAUCUCAAUAGGCGAGAGCAGAACUAUCGGUGACAAAUAUCACGAAACCAAGUUGUUUGGACAAUUUAUCCGAGUUGCAAGAGAUUUGACAAAAGUGGACCGCAUCAACAAUAGCACCGAUUACGCCUCAACCCCUGAUAUUUUUACUAGCGAGCUUCGAAAUCCAGAUACCAAUGCUGCUUUCUAUGUCACUGUCCACGCCUCUUCGCCAUCAACCGCUCUGACACCUUUCACACUGAAGGUGAAAACAUCUGUUGGUGACCUUACGAUUCCUCAAUACGUAAGUGAGAUAGCUCUUGAUGGGAGACAAUCAAAGAUCAUCGUGACCGACUUCAAAAUUGGAAGUGAGAAAUUGGUUUACGCAACUGCCGAGGUCCUUACGGUCUCGUUACAAGAUGAACUGCCUAUCGUGGUACUAUGGCUGCCCACUGGAGAGAAGGGCGAGUUCUUCUUGACUGGAGUCACCGAAGGAAUAGUAACAAAGAGCGAUGGUACUUCCAAUACCGAGUUCCAUCCUACCGAUGGGGGUUUAAUUGUCUCGUACACGCAACUAGCUGGCUCUUCCGUCAUUGAAUUUGACAACAAAUACCGUGUAGUUCUCGUCGACAGAUCUGCAGCUUAUUAUACUUGGGUCCCAUCAACCUCCAGCGACCCUUACACCCCUGAAAACUCAACGAGUAGGUCUCACUUUAGGAAUCUAUCGAAUUAUUCGCUAAUGUUUUGUAGUCAUUGUACUUGGACCUUACCUCGUGCGAAGCACAGCCAUUGAGGGUGAGACCCUCGAACUCACAGGAGACUGGGAGGAAACCACCUCGCUCGAAAUUUACGCGCCAUCAUGCAUCAACAAAGUUGUUUUCAACGAGAAAGAAAUCCUAGUUCAACGAUCUGCCUAUGGAAGUUUAGUCGGUGUCCUAGAAGUACCAGCUCAAACCAUCACCACCAUCAACUUCCAACUGCCGGCACUCACAAAUUGGAAAUCCGCUGAUGGACUCCCGGAACGGCUCCCAAAUUAUGACGACUCGAAGUGGAAAAUCGCAAAUCACAACUCAACACCUAAUCCCACACCCCCAGCCACAUACCCUGUUCUGUACGCAGAUGAAUAUGGAUAUCAUACCGGCAAUAUUCUCUGGCGCGGUACCUUCUCAGUAUCGAAUGUCUCCACAACAGGUGUUUUCCUCUCAGUAAUUGGCGGUGUGUAUAGCGGAUGGAGCGCCUAUCUCAAUGGGGAUUUCAUUGGAUCUUGGUUGGGGGAUAUGAAGAUCACUCAAGGAGAAGCGACACUCUCAUUCGAAAAUGCGACCUUGAAUUCGAAUGGAAGUAACGUUCUCUUCGUCAUCCAAGAUAACAUGGGACACGACCAAACAAGUGGAGCUACCAACCCUCGCGGAAUCUUCAACGCUACGCUCCUCGGCGGCGGAACAUUCACAGAGUGGAAAGUGCAGGGAAACGCGGGGGGAGAAGCGAACAUUGAUAAAGUUAGAGGUACUUAUAACGAGGGAGGACUCCAUGCUGAGAGGUUAGGAUGGCAUCUACCUGGUUUUGAUGACUCUGUGUGGGAGACAUCAAGUCCUGAAACUGGAAUCACAGAGGCAAGUGCCAGGUUCUAUAGAACUGUUGUGCCGCUUGAUAUCCCCGUGGGCUAUGAUGUCUCGCUGGGGUUUGUUCCUGGGUCACCAGCUGGCACAGCAGUUAGAGCCCAGCUUUAUGUUAAUGGGUAUAUGUUUGGAAAAUAUGUUCCGCAUGUUGGGAAUCAGGUCGUUUUUCCUGGUAUGUCCUGUCCUCUUACAUCCCUUUCAGCUAUCUGCUUUUACAGUUGUUAACCUCUCUUUUAUUUUUUCUUCAUACAGUAUACCCUGGUAUCUUGAAUUAUCAUGGAGAUAAUACGAUUGGACUCAGUGUCUGGACGCAAGGUGCGGAGGGCGGAAGUGUCACUCUUGAUUGGACUGUUCUUGGGGUUGUGGAGAGCUCUUUUGAUCCUGGAUUUGACGCGAGUUAUCUAAGACCUGGGUGGAGUGAUAGGAGUGAAUACUACUAAAAGAGCGAGGGACUCGGGUAGGUUUCGUGUAAGGGUCGGCUUACCUGCGUGCCACAAACCCCCAUUAAAAAGACUACUUUUACGUACUUU